AUGGGUAAAUCAAAUGGUCCUUUAACAAGCGCGUCCGUUACUCAACCCUCUCUUUCCUUAUCAACAAUUCGUUCCUCUCCUUGUAUUUCAUCACUUCAACUCAAUGGGGUGCCAGCUAAUAAUUCCUCAACAAAUUCCAUUUCUUCUGCACUUUCUUCGAAUUCAUACAGGAGAAUGCGUAGUCGUUUCGCUCAAAUGACUAUUUUGCUUGAGGAAUUAGAUAUUCCCGCUGUUGUGGUUUCUCCAGACGAUUGUGUACCGACACUUUGGGUGGAUUGCUUCGAAAAACUCUGCGGUCAUAUCCCUGACAUAAUUAGACACGCAUAUACACCCGAUGCUCAUCUUAAUAAUCUUCGAAUAAUAGUUGGGAUUUUAGCAUAUGAUAUCAUAAAAGACGACCUAUCACACAUUUCAUUGGAAGGAGUUCUUGAUAUGGAGAUUAAUUCUAUUUUGAAUAUGAUAGAAAUAUUUGUUCUUCUCCAGAAAAUUCCACCGGAACAAAGGUUACGAAAUAGAAAGUUAUGCCAAGAAGAAAAGUUGAGAUUAGUGUUGGAGAAAAACAGGAAACAAAAAAAGUUGCAGAAAAAGUCUCGAAAUGCUGUAUUUCUUAAUUUUAAUAAUGGUGAUCUGGAGAUAGGUCAAAAAAGAUUAUAUGAAAAUUCGUCAUUGAGUUCAAUAAGCUCCUUGGAGAAUAAAUCCAUGAUGAAUAUUAAAGCACAGCCUCAAACUUUGGAAGUCUCUUUAAUGAAUCAAAAUGACACCCGAUCGCUGCCAAAAUCGCCAACUUCUGCAUAUAGAAAUGUCGAUGACGGAAUGGCAUCGUUAAUGGUGCCUAACGUUCCGGAAGUCUUAUCGUUAAAAUCACGUGAAUAUGAAAAAAAUCUUUCUUCCUCAGGUAUACCCAACUCUCCAUUGUUAGGAUCGAGAACCGUAGAUUUUAUAGAAGAGAAUAAAGAAAAUAAAAGGUUGUCACCUAAUAGUUCAGGAAGAAAUAGAGAUUCCAUAAUGCCACCAGCUGUUCAAUCAUUAACUGUCAACACGGAUAGAGUUGGAAUGACCGUUAAGAUUCGUCGGAAAGAAGAGUUCAUUCGACAACCGGAUACCAUUAAAACUGGCGAGGGCCUUCAGAAGAAUAUUGAUAAUAAUUCGUGUACAGAUUUCAUUGAUUUAUUAACCCCCACUGAUGACAUGAAUAGUGAAUCACAAUUAAUUAAAAUACUUCAUGCAGGAGCAGAGAACAAGGACAAGAACAUUGUUCAAAGUUCUAACACUUAA